AUGCCUCCAGGCGACUACAUUCGAAGACGAGGUUAUACAGAGUCUUCACUUCUGAAGCUUCCCACAGAGGAAUGCACUGGGAGCCAUCAUGCACCUUUCCAGUUUGAUCGGAAUGCUUUGGCCAGAAUUUCCACUUCUCCAACUUUAAGGCGUCUGAGGAUGUCCUCUGCCUCACAAACACUGUCAUUUCAGGACUGCUCUGACACAGAUUCCCUGGGACAUCAAAAGGAAUACACUGGCUCUCUCCAUCACAUUUGUAAGAGUCCACCUCGGUGCACUACAGCUUCCUCAUUGUCAUUGCCUUCUUGUGUCCAUGCAAAACUGCUGUCUUCCAAAGCAAAGUCUGACACAACUGUAGCAGAUCCAGAGUCUGCCAGCCCCAUAUCAAAGCUGCCAGGCCAAAAAAAUCCUCUCAGCAGUGGCAAUCCCAAUGAGACACUCCAAAACUCUCGGAGAGCCAACUCUGCAACUCUACCUAGGAGACUCCCCCGCCCCAGCCCUACACCACAGAAGGUUGUCCAGGUAAGAGGAAGAGGAUGA